GUGGGCAAGAGCAACCAGCAACCAUGCUGUCAUUGGACGAGCCGCUGGACUUAAAGCUUCCCUCAGGACGGACAGACUGUCCAGUGAGAUUAGGAAAGAGGGCGUAUCCCUCCUCCAUCUGCGCCCCUCUCAGCGCCACACGACCACGCCUGCUAUGCACAACGUUUCCUUCUCCACCCUCCUCCCCAGAUUCCCAGUCUUCCUCUCAAGAACGACUCAGGUCCUGCUUCAGUCCUCCAGCCAUGGACCUCAGCCUGUCACCCUCCUCCCGCCAUGCCUCCUCCCUCUCCCCAUCUCCUUCCUCCCCCUCAUCCCUCUCCCCUUCCUCACCCCUAGAGUCCCCUCACAGCAGCCGCAGCCCUCAGCCACAUCUCUUCUCACGGGAACCAGUUCGUCACCGAGGUAUGGAAGGCGGAGGUUCACCGCAGGGUUAUCCGUUUUAUCUGCCAAUUGGAAGCCCACCGAGGGCGUACAGCUUUCCCUCCUCCAUAUUCAUUGGUCAGAACAGAGAGAAGCAACUUUCACCAGAGCCCUCGUUGGAUGGUCAGCUGGCCUGCCGUUGGAUGAAGUGCCACCUGCUGUUUGACUCGCUGCAGGACUUGGUGGAUCACAUCAACGACUUCCAUGUCAAGCCUGAAAAGGAUUCUGGGUACUGCUGUCAGUGGGAGGGCUGUGCUCGUAAUGGGAGAGGGUUUAAUGCAAGGUAUAAAAUGCUGAUUCAUAUCCGCACACACACCAAUGAGAAGCCACACCAUUGCCCCACCUGUAACAAGAGCUUCUCCCGUCUGGAGAACCUGAAGAUACACACCCGUUCACACACAGGAGAAAAACCCUACAUCUGCCCUUAUGAAGGCUGCAGCAAACGUUACUCCAACUCUAGUGACCGUUUCAAACACACUCGCACCCACUACGUUGACAAGCCUUACUACUGCAAGAUGGCAGGCUGCCUGAAACGCUACACAGAUCCCAGCUCGCUACGCAAGCACAUCAAGGCCCAUGGGCACUUUGUUGCCCAGGAACAAGGCGCUCCGAGCAGGCUGGGGCUUGGUCAUCCAGGGCACCAGAGUGCCGCUGAACUGCCUUCUGUAGGCGGCGCCCACAUCAUCAUUCCCGGGGCUGCUGCAGCACUUCUUGGAGGUCUGGGGUCCUCUUUGCCUCUCUCUGCUUUCUGCCAUGCCAGAGCCCUGGGCCACCACGGGGCACCGCUCUUCUCUGUUGGUGGAGGAGGAGGCAGUGGCAUGGGGCCGCUCGCCCUCUCAGACUCUCCUCUGUUACACUUUGGGCUUUCAGCUGUAUCCAUGUUGGGGCUGGGAGCACUGAGAGGUCUGGGACAAAUGGCAGGGAAAGAGACGGAACCUGAAGAGGAAGAGGAGGAAGGAGAGGUGGGGCAAGUGCUGAACCUGUCUGCAGGGGUGGGGCCAAGGCGAAGUGACCCUUUGUCCUGGGUGGUUGUCCCCCCAAGGGCACUCCUUCUUAAACCAGCUGUCGUCAGCUAGGAUGUGCCCCAGCAAUGCACAGAACCAGGGAGUGUUUGUCUUUUUCUGUAUCAGUGUUUAUAUGCUUUUAUGUCCGGGUGUGUGAGACAUACAUGCAUGAUUAUGAUGAGUGUGUGUUUGUGUGUGCAUGUGAGGGAUCAAAGGUCGCUGUCACCUGCAGAGCCAUAAAAAAGACUUCAGUCAUUCCAACCCUGAAACAACUGAAGACGGACUGAAAGACUGAAAAGUACAGAAGUCUUUGUGUUGAGUGUACAAAACCUAAACGACUUUUGGGUGUUGGGUUGCAAUAAGUUUCAGCAGCAUGCGUAUUUUAACUCUCAAACUUUGAAGGGUCAAUUCACCCAAAUUACAAAAAAAACAAAUACUCCUAGUGGAUUUCCAGCUGAUAUUUUUAUAUAUCUUUCUUGGACUUCUGCUGAAAACAGCAUUAAAACGGACAUUUGAUUCAACAGUGAAAUUCAACUUGUCUUUCCACAAACAAGCUCCCUGUUGUAUGAGAUAAUCCACAGGCAUCACUGUGAGCCAUUUCUUUAUUUGGACUACUUUGCAAUAAGAUUUUUAAAUGUGAGAUUUAAUUUAAGAUCAUUGUCACUGAGAGUGUUUGCAAGCUGACAUUAAUUUGUAGCUCAAAGUCAGGGCUGCUAGUGUGGUUGUAGUAGACUCCUGUUGCAAUGUUAUGAAUCUUACAAAUCAAAUUCCGUAUAUAUGAAAGUGGAGAUGUCUUAGAGGUUGAUAUUUCAAACCUUUGUGACACAAAACCACAUCUAUCUGCACAGAUUGACGUGUGAUUUUGGUGAAAUUACCCUUUAAUAUUCCUCGAUUCACCCAUCUCCUCCCAUUCAACAUUUUACAGCAGACAAUCAGCUUAAUCAGAUUUACUAAACCAGGCCAUUAAAAGAGCUGGUACACUAACCACUUUGUAGUUUUUAUCUCCGACAAUCUCCACUGACUGCUUCAACAGACCCGUCUCUUUACUCAUAAAUAAAUAUGGGACAAGCAUGAUUAUGGAGAGCAAUGAGAAAUACAGUCCAUACACAAUAAUUGAAUGUACCAUUUAAGAAUAUGUAUACGCAUUGUAGACUUAAGAUCUACUUUUGUUACAUACAUCUAUAGUUUUCCCUUUAGGUAAAGUUAAGAGUUUGUGCAAUUAAGGGGUUAAAUUUCAAAAUAUGAUAUCAAUCAUUCAAUCCUCCCAUAAAAAGGCGACUCAUGUAAAAAAAAAUCAACCCUCCCGAGCCUUGAUGCCACGCAUCAAAUUUAUGGUAUAGUUAUCUCACUGCGAUGUUUGAUGACAGAUUAGAAUCCACACAGAGCUAUCUGUUUGACCAUGUGAUUUUAAAAGUCACAAGAAGAAACAAAAAAAAACUGUGUUGACGCAACUGAAUGUAGGUUUGAGAUUAACUUUCUUGUUUGUAUUUUAUCUCAUCUAAUUCUUUGCUCUAUCAAUCAUUCCAAGACAAUGAUCUAGACAGGAUCAGCCCUGCUUUUUUAGAAAAGACUUUGCAUUGAUAAGGACAACAGGAACUCGGUAGACAAAGGUGUGUAUUGUAUAAUAAUGCAUACACAUUUGCUUCAUAUGAAUGUUAAAACACAAAAAGGUACACAAGAAUAAGCCAAACAAUGGUUUAAAAAACUGUCUCUCGAGUACUUUUGAAGGGUGAAUGUCUGACAAUGGCCACAUGUGGCCAGUAUCUGUGUUGAUUUAUCUUGUAUUCUUGUUUGCACAUUGAUUUAUCCUAAUCAGUAUUUCAAAGGUGUCCAAGUGCCUUGUGUUUCAACCGAAAUAUAUCACACAGUAUAUGAAAAAUAUUUAGACAUGUGUAUAAAUGUACUUUUCAUUACAUUUUAGAAAACUGAAAUUUAAUAACUUGACAACAGAUGUGAUUUGUACAUCAGGGCCACUGCAACACUUUCCAAGGACGUCACCAGUGUUGAUGACUAUGACAAUGACUCUAUGUCAAUAAACACAAACA